CAGCCCCGGGACGCAGGCAUGGCGUCCCGGGUGCUGCAGCUGCUUCGGCAGGGCGUGUGGGCCGCGCUCACCGGGGGCUGGUACCACGACCCGGAUCAGAGCAAGUUCACUAACAGCUGCCACCUCUACCUGUGGCUGUUUUUGCUGCUGCUGCCCCUGGCUCUGCACCUGGCUUUUCCUCCAAAUGCCAUCACUGUAUUUUUUUACUGCAGCUCAGUGACGAUAUUCUUCACAAUAAUCAAAUUGGUCAGUUAUCGCCUACACCUCAUGUUUGAUAAAGGAGAAGUGAUUCAGCAAAGGCCCUCCAGAAAGAAAGAAAAGCCAAAUAAAGACAAAGAGGCCAUCAGUGACCACAUAACCAAUCAUAAAAAUACAGGCAAUAAUGGGCGGAUUAACAACGGCAAAAAGGAAGAGGCCAGUCGAACCCUCUCCACGCCUCCCCUCCACAGCAGCUCCAGAGGACAGAGCAUAAACUCUCAUCACUCAUCCGGGCUCCUGGAGCUGCCAGCACAGGAAACAGUGGAAGAUCUCAAAGGUGUCAUUGUGUCAGAUGACCAACCCGUGGCACCAGUGUCAUCUACAGCACCUGGGAUGAAAACGGAAAGCUUACCUGCUUCUAAAGGGCACGUGCCAGAAACCAUGACCACGUCAGCAAUACCAGUGAAACCAGUCAUGGCAGAAACUUGCAUCAGUGAUAAAGGGAAGGGAAAAGGGGGCCAGGGGCAGCCCCCCUUCUGCCACAGAUCCGAGGGCGGCUUGGUGGACAAAGAAGCCGUGAAGAAGGUGCCCUACCUGUCUUUGUCUCAAUUCGACUUACUGGAGACAGACGUUUCUUUCCAGCCUUGGGGGAGUGAGAAUUCCGUCCUGAUUCCGGAACCUGGGAAUUAUGCCUCCAUCCGGGAACAGUUGCAAAGCAAGUCGCCUCAGGACAGCCUGAGCAGUAGCUGCCCUCAGUGUAACACCGUCAUCUCCAAACCUGGGUGGGAGCAGGUUUCCCAGCAGGUGGACCUGCCCUUGAACCAGGAUGUGGAUGACUCAGAUAAUGAGGUUGCUGUCACUCUUAUAGAUACUUCUCAACCUGGAGACCCACUGAGUCUGCACGAGCCCAUUAAGAUUGUCAUCACCAUGAGUAGUACCCCCAACUCCAUGACAGACUUGGAAAGUUCUCUCCACCUGAAGGUGGUUGGUACUGAGGGAACUGGCUUCACGUGUGAUGCUGAGCCAGUUCCCCCAGGGGCCGCUGGUCCUGAGAAACAGAUGAGAAUUCCCAUCAUCACCCUUGAGCUGUCUGAGGGUGGAGGAGGAGACAUGGUGUGUCCCGAAGGCAAUGGAAGUGACAGGACGCCGGAGAGAUUGAUGGUGGAGGCGUCUUCCAAUCCAUGUUCUGGCUAUGAAUCUGGGGACGGGGGCGAUGCCACACAGGACCACAGUCCUUCCCCAGGAGACCCCCGUACAACCCCGUCACCCGUGCCUGAUGUGGUCUCCGAGCCUGAGGGGGGCAUGGAAGUCCAGGCUAACCUUGACCCAUCAUCUUGUAGAACCAGCCAGGAAAAGAGACGCUCCCAAGUCCUCAGUGUAGACAGCGGGACAGACGUCUUCUUGAGCAAAAGUUCCGCAGAAGUUAUUAAUGAUAAAGAGCAAACAAUGCCAACUUCCAAAUCUGACCUGGAGGCCAAGGAAGGACAAAUACCAAACGAAUCCAACUUCCUGGAAUUUGUCUCCCUGUUAGAAUCAAUUAAUACUUCCAAGGUGGUGGUAUCUGACCAAAAGAAUGAGCCGGCAGAGCAGAGCAAAGAGAGCGGGCUUCCUGGAGAUAACUGUUCCCAGGAGAAAAAGGAGGAAAUCCUAGAAAGUGAGAAACCCAGUGGACCCAAUGCCAAGCAAGGAAAACCAGAUGUGCAAAGUCAAGAGCACACCAGCACCAGCCCCGGGCUCACUGAGCCUGCCAAGAUCCCGACCCUUUUCCAGGGCAAUAGACAAAGGCAGAUAAUCUACAGGGUAACUUCCCAACAAGAUAGUUCUGUGUUGCAAGUCAUCAGUGGACCUGAAACAUCUGUGCAAGAUGAGAUGUCUGUGGAUGCGAUGCAUGUCUUUAUUGAUGAACAUGGGGAAAUUAAAUCCUGUUACUUAAAGUCUGGAAAUCAGAGAGAAGGCCCUUUCCAGCAUCAGCCAUCAAACUGUGACGGCUUCUCUCAUGCUGGAGACAUACAGAGCAGCUCGUCCAGUACCACAACUUCCGAGAGUCGAGAUCCUUCUUCAGGGGACCCUGUGGUCAGUGCCUUGCAACAACAGCUGUUGCUGAUGGUGGCUCGGAGGACCCAGUCAGAAACCCCACGGCAUCUGAGUCAGGAUCUAGAAGACUCUUCCUAUUCUUCCACACAAGGAAAAUUUAACCGAGAGCAGUUUUACAAGUUUAUCAUCUUCCCUGGCAAGUGGAUUAAGGUCUGGUAUGAUCGCCUUACCUUGUUGGCGUUACUUGAUCGAACUGAAGAUGUCAAGGAAAAUGUGCUGGCAGUUUUACUCAUUGUCCUGGUUUCCCUGCUCGGAUUUCUGACACUGAACCGAGGCUUUUGCAAAGACAUGUGGGUGCUUCUCUUCUGCCUCGUCAUGGCCAGCUGCCAGUACUCCCUGUUAAAGAGCGUUCAGCCUGACCCCGCCUCGCCAAUCCACGGACACAACCAAAUCAUAACAUAUAGCAGACCAAUCUAUUUUUGUGUGCUGUGUGGCCUUAUUUUGCUUCUUGAUACUGGGGCCAAAGCCAGGUACCCUCCCACUUACAUUGUGUAUGGCCUGAAGCUCUUCUCUCCAGGGUCUCUCCAGUCGGCUAGGAACUUCUUAAUAGUAUUUCUAUAUUGCUUCCCUGCAAUCUCCCUCCUUGGGCUCUUCCCGCAGAUCAACACUUUCUGCAUCUAUCUUUUGGAGCAAAUUGACAUGCUGUUUUUUGGAGGUUCUGCUGUUUCGGGGAUGCUGUCAGCCGUUUACAGCGUGGCCCGGAGUGCGUCCGCCGCAGCUGUGCUGCAUGUGUUCUGCUUCAGCGCCGUGAAGGAACCCUGGAGCACGCAGCACAUCCCAGCACUGUUUUCUGCCUUCUGUGGCCUCUUGGUUGCGCUUUCCUACCAUCUGAGCAGACAGAGCAGCGACCCCUCUGUGCUCCUGUCCUUUAUUCAGUGCAGAUUGCUUCAUAAGUUUUUACAUCAAAAUCUGGAAGAGUUGGCUGCAGACCCUCUCCCCAAGAAGAUGAAAGAUUCUGUGAAGGAUAUCUUAAAAUCGGAUCUCAUCAUCUGCUCGGCGGCUGCCAUUCUGUCCUUUGCAGUCAGUGCCAGCACUGUGUUCCUGUCCUUGCGACCAUUUCUCAGCAUCGUGCUGUUUGCCCUGGCUGGCACUGUGGGGUUUGUAACCCACUACCUGCUCCCACAGCUCCGCAAACAUCACCCGUGGAUGUGGAUUUCACACCCCGUCCUUAAAAACAAAGAGUAUCAGCAACAGGAAGUGAGAGAUGUCGCCCAUUUAAUGUGGUUUGAAAGACUCUAUGUUUGGCUUCAGUGUUUUGAAAAAUACAUCUUGUACCCAGCAAUCAUUUUGAAUGCCCUUACUAUGGAUGCAUUUGCAAUAAGCAAUUACCGGAGACUUGGUACCCACUGGGAUAUUUUCCUGAUGGUCAUCGCGGGCAUGAAGCUGCUGCGGACCUCUUUCUGUAACCCAGUCCACCAGUUUACUCACUUGGGCUUCACCGUGAUCUUUUUCCAUUUCGACUACAAAGACAUUUCAGAGAGUUUCUUACUGGAUUUCUUCAUGGUGUCCAUUUUAUUCAGCAAGGCGUUUGCCACGUCGAUCUUUUCUACUCCACUGAGCCCGUUUCUCGGGAGUGUCAUUUUUAUCACAUCGUACGUCAGACCAGUGAAAUUCUGGGAGAAAAACUACAAGACAAGGCGCAUGGAUAAUUCUAACACAAGACUGGUGGUCCAAAUUGAAAAGGAUCCAGGAAACGAUGGCAACAACCUCAAUUCCAUCUUCUACGAACACUUGACAAGGGCCCUCCAGGAAUCCCUCUGUGGAGACCUCGUCCUUGGCCGAUGGGGUAACUACAGCUCUGGCGAUUGCUUUAUAUUGGCUUCAGAUUACCUCAAUGCUUUCAUUCACCUGAUUGAAAUCAGCAAUGGGCUUGUCACCUUUCAACUUCGGGGACUGGAAUUCCGAGGAACCUACUGCCAGCAGAGGGAGGUGGAAGCCAUCACAGAGGGCGAUGAGGAUGACAGAGGUUGCUGCUGCUGCAAACCAGGUCACCUGCUCCACCUGUUGUCCUGCAACGCCGCCUUUAACCUCCGCUGGCUCACCUGGGAGAUCACGCGAGCGCAGUACAUCCUGGAGGGCUACAGCAUCAUGGACAACAAUGCGGCCACCAUGCUGCAGGUUUUUGACCUCCGAAGGAUCCUCAUCCGAUACUACAUCAAGAGUAUAAUAUACUAUAUGGUGACGUCCCCCAAACUGUUUUCCUGGAUCAAAAACGAAUCCCUUCUCAAGGCCCUGCAGCCCUUUGCCAAGUGGCAUUACAUUGAGCGUGACCUUGCCCUGUUCAACAUGAACGUCGAUGACGACUAUGUCCCGUGUCUCCAGGGCAUCACUCGAGCCAGCUACUGCAACGUGUAUCUGGAGUGGAUUCAGUACUGUGCACAGAAGAGGCAAGAGCCCUCGAAGCACCUAGACAGUGACGAGGACUCUCCUCUGGUGACUUUGUCCUUCGCGCUCUGCAUCCUGGGUCGGAGAGCUCUGGGGACCGCGGCUCACAACAUGGCCAUCAGCCUGGAUUCUUUCCUGUACGGCCUCCACACCCUCUUCAAAGGUGACUUCAGAAUAACAGCCCAGGAUGAGUGGGUGUUUGCAGACAUCGACCUGCUGCACACAGUUGUUGCCCCAGCUCUCAGGAUGUCCCUGAAGCUGCACCAGGACCAGUUCACUUGCCCCGACGAGUACGAAGACCCCGUGGUCCUCUACGAGGCCAUACAGUCCUUUGAGAAGAAAGUGGUCAUCUGCCAUGAGGGCGACCCGGCCUGGAGGGGCGCCGUGCUGGCCAACAAGGAGGAGCUGCUGACCCUGCGGCACGUGGUAGACGAGGGCACGGACGAGUACAAGGUCAUCAUGCUGCACAGGAGCUUCCUGAGCUUCAAGGUGAUCAAGGUGAACAGAGAGUGUGUCCGUGGCCUUUGGGCGGGGCAGCAGCAAGAGCUCAUCUUCCUCCGCAACUGCAAUCCUGAGCGCGGCAGCAUCCAGAACCACAAGCAGGUCCUCCGGAACCUGAUCAGUUCCUCCUGUGACCAGCCCCUGGGCUACCCCAUGUACGUCUCCCCGCUCACCACCUCCUACCUAGGGACGCACAGGCAGCUGAGGAACGUCUGGAGCGGACCCGUCACCCUGGACAGCGUCAGGGCGUGGUUCCGAACCAAGUGGUUAAGGCAGGAGAAAAGGCAGGACUCAGUCCGUCCAGGCCCCCAGGGCCUUAAGCCAAACGCCACCCAUCCUGCGCUCGUCCGGCCCCAUCGUGGACAGCCACCCGGCCUUCCUGAAGACGUCCACGUCGGUCCACGAGCUGGCCCGGCGGCUCUCAGGCAGCCGGCUGUCCCCGUGCACCUCGGCGGCGUCCCUGCACUCCCAGCCCCCGCCCGUCCCCGCUGCCGGCCACCUGAGCGUCCGCGAGCGGGCCGAGGCCCUCAUCAGGUCCAGCCUGGGCUCGUCCACCAGCUCCACCCUCAGCUUCCUCUUUGGCAAGAGGAGCUUCUCGAGCGUCCUGGUCAUUUCCGGGCUGUCUGCCGCCGAGGGGGGCAACACCAGCGACACCCAGUCCUCCAGCAGUGUCAACAUCACCCUGGGCCCCUCGGCCAGGACCACCAGCCAGCCCGCACGGCACUUUUCCGAGCCGUGCGAACCCACGGAGGCCACCGAGCAGGGGCUGCUUCAAGAUCGCCAUGUGGCCGAGAACCUGCGGGUGACGUGCAGAAGAGCAAGCCAGGAGGACAUGGGCCUGGACGACACGGCCUCCCAGCAGAGCGCUUCCGACGAGCAGUAGCUGAGCUCGGGCCGGAGGAGCCACGCCGUCGGGGAGGGAUGCAAGCCCGCCCAGCUUCUCCCCUGCGCUCCCCCAAACUAAACAGCGCAAAGAAUGAGAGCCGGGAGAUCCAUCCUGUGGGGAAUGAGUGCUGUGCACAAAACAGAAUAACUUGAUCUCAGGUUCUUGAAAAAUAUCUCACGUGAUGAACACAAACCUUGACACCAGGCCUCCCUCCUGCUCUGGCACUCGCGGCCCCAGAGAGGAGGGACGCGGGAAGCAUCCCUCCCAGAACUGGAAAAUUCAAAUAAAAGCCAUGGUAACAUCUUAAGACAACUCAAGUAGAGCACAUAAAUAACUCCUUCCGGUCCUGAUGAAAAUAAGAUAGCUGCAUGCUAAACGACUGGCAUUUUGUAUGUCACUGUUACUGUGAAAAUGAGGCGGACAGCAGUGCGUAUCACACCAUCAGCGUGCUGGUGUUCAGUCUACAUAUAGAGAAACAUCUCACUUAUUUAUAAUAUUUAUGCAGAUGUUAAGUAUAAACCAGUGACAGCUUUACUGCCAAAAAAAUGUGAUAGUGCAUGCAGUCACGUCCAAAGCAUCCUGUGAAAAGAGCCAACCAUCCCCCGCAACGUGAGUGCAGAAGUCUAGUUGAGGCAGGUCACGGAGGGCCACCUAGGAAUGAUGCUAACUGCAGUCACAGCAACGUCCUGCAAGAAGCCAGGCCCCGUCUCGCCCAGCGCUGUGUGCUUCCCAGGAAUGCACGCCUGUUUCCAAGCCAAGCAAUCCUUACCGUGUCACAGGACAU